AUUCACAAUUCACACACUUCCUUUGCUUCCCUCCAUUGGUAGCUUCAAGCUAGAUAAUUAAUGGCCACCUUGAUUAAAUUCUUUGUUACACUCUCUAUAUUUUCUCUCUUAGCUUGUUCAACCAUUAAUGCACAACUUUCUCCGAACUUUUAUGCAAAAACUUGCUCUAAUCUCCAAACCAUUGUGCGCAAUGAAAUGAUCAAAGUUAUCCAAAAGGAAGCCCGGAUGGGGGCUUCUAUACUUCGAUUGUUCUUCCAUGAUUGCUUUGUAAAUGGAUGCGAUGCAUCAAUCUUAUUGGAUGACAAAGGAACAUUUGUCGGUGAGAAAAAUUCUGGACCUAACCAAGGUUCAGCUAGGGGUUUUGAAGUGAUUGAUACAAUUAAAACCAGUGUUGAAACUGCUUGCAAAGCCACCGUCUCUUGUGCUGAUAUUCUUGCACUUGCAACUAGAGAUGGAAUUGCAUUGCUUGGAGGACCCUCAUGGGCAGUACCACUUGGAAGAAGAGAUGCAAGAACAGCAAGUCAAAGUGCAGCAAAUAGCCAAAUCCCUGGACCAUCUUCUGACCUAUCGACACUCACUAGAAUGUUUCAAAACAAAAGUCUAACAUUAAAUGACCUUACAGUCCUAUCUGGUGCACACACCAUAGGGCAAACUGAGUGUCAAUUUUUCAGAAAUCGCAUACACAAUGAAGCCAACAUUGACAGAAACUUGGCUACCUUAAGAAAAAGAAAUUGCCCUACCUCUGGUGGUGACACCAAUUUAGCACCCUUUGAUUCUGUCACUCCAACUAAAUUUGACAACAAUUAUUAUAAGGACCUUAUUGCUAAUAAAGGUCUUCUACAUUCUGAUCAAGUUCUUUUCAAUGGUGGUGGUUCUCAAAUUUCUUUGGUUAGGAAGUAUAGUAGAGAUGGUGCUGCUUUUUCUAGAGACUUUGCUGCUGCUAUGGUGAAGAUGAGUAAAAUUAGUCCUCUUACUGGGACUAAUGGUGAGAUCAGAAAGAAUUGCAGGAUUGUGAAUUGAUUUUGGUUUUUUGUUUAUUAUUAUUUUGUUGUUUAUGUAAUUUUGUGAGACUAAUAAUUUGAGGGCAUAUCAGCAAUUUAAUAAAUAUUGUGUGGAGAUUUUUGAGAGAUUGUUUAAUUACAGGGUCUAGGUCAUAAAGGUUGACUAGAUCUUGGACACAUUGAUAAUUUGUAGUAUUGUUGGUGCUUCUUCAAUUUGAUAUUGUAAUGUUCUAAGUUUUAUGAUGGAUUCAAAUUUGACAUUGUUUUACUUCUAAA